AUGUCGACUUCCAAUGCUUUUGUGUCUUGGCCUACCGCGCCUCUUACCCUCGCCCUUGUCCAAAAAGCUCUGUCCUCUCUACCGGUUGUCUUCGACACAGCUGCGAGGAUACCUGGUAAUGGAGGCAAACUUGACAAGCUUGUCCAAUGGUCGACUUACGACGAAAUCGACCAUGACCUAACCUACACAUCUCAGCACUCUGUCUUGUCCUCCUCCUACAUCAUUCGGAAAGCUCUUAUCCGCAAGCACUUUUUGGCACGCUGCGUACAAUCGUAUCUUGCCAAGCACCCCGACUCUGUCCUUCGCAAUGCCGUUCCGAAGACUUGGGAGCUGGAAAUCUCGUUUGCGGACGAACUGGACGAUAUGUGGGCAGAUGACCUCUGGGACCUUGGACUGGAGAUGGAUGAUAAAACCGAGGGCGCUCGCAAAUGGUGGAUUUUAAAGCCCGGUAUGGCGGACCGCGGUCAAGGCAUUCGUCUGGUUGACUCAAAAGAGGCUUUGCAACAGGUAUUUGAGGAUUUCGAGGGAGACGAAGAAGAGGGGGAGGCUCAGUCUGAGGGUGAGGAUGGAGAUCUUGAUACCGCUGUUAUUAUAUCCCAGCUCAGACAUUUUGUCAUUCAGGAAUACAUUUCUACACCUCUUCUUUUAGAUCCGUAUCAAGUGCUUCUCGAUAGCUCUAUAGCUCGUCCUCUCGAUGCGUUAAAAGGUCAUAAAUUCCACCUUCGCGCGUACUGUAUCGCACAAGGAGCCUUGAAGGUCUACAUUUACACCCGUGUUCUCGCGCUCUUUUCGUCGAAGCCUUACUUCGCCCCCACGCAACCAGACUCAGACAGCAGCCCGUCUUCGGGGAUCGACCUCGCGCCUCACUUGACGAACACCGCGCUCCAGACGCACCGAGGCGAGGAAGGCGUGCGUCUAUUUGACGAGCUUGUGGGAUGCCAAAUCCUGUCGCAGCCGACUGCCGAAGGUCCAAUCGCCCUCACGGCGGUGCAUAUCGCCGGAAUACAGGACCAGAUGGCCAACAUCAUCGCGGAGACAUUCCAAGCAGUGCUCGAGACGCCCGUCCACUUUCAGCCUCUGCCGAAUGCUUUCGAGCUGUACGGCGUCGACUUCCUUGUCUCGUAUUCACCUUCAUCAGAGUCUUUUUCAGAGCCUAAGUUCCAGGUCCAGCUGCUCGAAAUCAAUGCGGAACCGGCCAUUGAGCUAACGGGUGCGCGUCUGACAUGGAUUCUCGAAGACUUAUUCGAAGCCAUCGGGACGGUCUGCGUGCUGCCCUUCAUCCAGGAUAUUGCUGAAGAAGACUGGACAGUUGGCGAGACCCGACAUCUGCUCAGAAAAUGUUUGGAUUCGGAGGUUCGAGGCGCAGGAGGGUGGUAA